AACGCUUUUGCACGCCAGCAGCCAGUCGCACCGGCGCCGCUGGCCGUGCAUGGCGCAUCUCGUAGGUAAUGGUCUCCAUAGAGGAAGGAACCGUAGGCGCAGCCACAACCUGCUAGUAUAUUCCAAGAUGUCAUUCAUCGUGGCACUUGCACUCAUAAGCCCGCUGGGCAUCCACGGAAAAGUUCUCAACAAUUUUAUGGGCCCUUUCAUUGCUUACACCGAACGCUUUUCCUUGUGUGAAUCAAAUAAUCAACCGCUUCCGUGGAGAUGGCAUUUGCGUGGAACUCACUUCAACCCAGCUAAACCAAGAGAAAGUCAACUACUGACCGGUAACAUAACUGGCGAAAAAUACCCUUUAGAUAACAAGAGCUGGGCAAAAGUAGUAAUAGAUGUUCGGUCAAAUAACCAAUGGAAGGAAAACGGUUUUAUCUUCUCUUUCAAAGACAAGGCAUGUCAGAAUUUUAAAGACCAUAUCCCUACUGUUUACGAGCUUUUCUUUAAGAAGAAUGAAACCAAAGGCGAGUGCAAGAUCGAACCUGGAGUUUACGAGGUCGAAAACGGUCCCAUCAGAUGGGUUUUUCCAAAAUUUCCAAUCGGAUUUUAUGGACACUUUAGGUUUAAACUCAUGUUCGGCAUGGAUGAAAUCCAAUACGCGUGUAUGUCGGUAGAUUGUAAGACUAUUCCUAAGGGUGUUGGACAGGAGUAGACACUGCAGUGUCUGGCCCCAAGUCAAAUGAAUGGUUUGAAUCUAUGUAUAAGAAUUUCCCUUGGAUCUAUUUGCGCUGGACAGUCACGGACGAGAGGCAGCGCCCAGAGCUGCAAAAUUCGUCGGAUCAUUUUGUGAGAGGUCAUAAAAAAACGAGGCGUUAUUGACUGAGAUCCUGCAUUGGCUUUUAAGCGUAACACUAGGCCAUAAAACAAUUAAAAAUAAGACAACAAUUUUAGUAUAA